AAACGAGGACAGACGUAUUUUGUGCUGAUUUUGUCUCAAAUUAAACCACGCUUGCUCGAUCUACUGAUACCGCUGAAAAAGUUGAAUGGAUAUACGAAUAUGUCCCUCUUAAAUUAUUUCUUUCAGUUUUUUUUUCGCGCGUUUAACAAUAGGUGCCGGCGAACGAGGUGCGAUUGUGUUAGUAAUGUGAUUAGUGAUUAAGCUGAUAAGAGUGAUUUUUAGCAUUUUCACCUUGAAAUUGCUUGAGAUUACCCGUGUUAUUUUCAUUAAAAAUAUUGAUCUGUCGAAGAUGGUUAAGUAAAGAAACAAUUUGGAAAUGCGGUAGUCAGUCUCAUAUUAGUUCUUUAACGUGACUCUAAAGAAAACUGGUGUGAAAAGCAAAUAAAACUUGACUUUUUUGAACUGUGUUGCCUGUGUUAGAUCGGCAUUGGAAGUGUGAUGUUCUUGGAACUGUAAAGUUAUAGACAUUUUAUGGUAUAUUUUAUAGGUGUAUAUAAAUUUUAUCAACAUGGUGGGGAGAAUAGAUUAUUCAAGCGUUCCGACCAACGCGGACCUCGAGAACAAUUCCCACCAGAAGAAAUACACGGUGAACCAACCUGCGGGAAAGAACCUAAUAAUCUCCAAACCCCUUUGCACCUUAAUGGCGAUCGGUGCAUUACUUUUGGCAAUUUUAGCAGGAUUGGUGGUGUUUUUUUUAGUUCCCAGGGGGUGUGAUGGGAUUAAUAGUAGCCGGUCAGUGGCGUCUUUGACUCAAAAAGAGGAUAUUCGUAUGUCGGCAAAUGAAGUUGAUGAACGGCUGCCCAGAAGUAUAAAGCCUUUGAAAUAUACGAUACAAAUUUAUCCCGACUUUCAAAAUUCAACAACAGAAGGCAGGGAAUCAAUCGUCUUACAACCUAUAGAAGACACAAAUACCAUCAUUUUUCAUGCUGAUGAAAUAGAUAUUGACAAAGACUCUGUUAAAGUUGUAAAAGCACCAAAUUCAACAGCUGAAGUGCCUGUAACACAUCAGCACUAUAUGGAAGGAGAAAGAUAUAAAAUAGUCUUGGGAGAUCAGCUAGUAAAAGGAAACGACUACGUGUUAAGCUUAAAUUUUAAAGGAAAAUUAAAUGACCAACUACAAGGCUUUUACAGGUGUCAGUAUCCAGAUACUAUGGGAGAAAUCAGAUAUGCAGCCAGUACCCAAUUCUCCCCAACAGAUGCCAGAAAAGCAUUUCCAUGUUUCGAUGAUCCCUCCUUUAAAGCAAAAUUUAAAAUUAGACUUGCCAGGCCUGCCAACAUGACCAGUUUGUCAAAUAUGCCUCUGGAAAGCACCGAAGUGGUUCAAAGUGUAAAUGGCACGUGGUUUUGGGACAGUUAUGCAGAAACUCCAGAGAUGUCGACUUACCUGGUUGCCUUCAUUAUAAGCGAUUUGGUGAAAUUGCACUCCAGCGAUUCGCUGAUUAGCAUUUGGGCGAGACGGGAAUUUUUGACGCAAACGGAUUACGCAGGGAAGAUCGCUCCGAAUAUUUUGAAAUAUUUCGAAAAUUAUUUUAGAAUGACAUUUCCGCUUCCAAAAAUCGACAUAGUCGCCGUUCCAGAAUUUGGCUUCAACGCGAUGGAGAACUGGGGUCUAAUAACAUUCAGAGAAAACAGUCUUCUUUUCGACAACUACAGCUCAACAGUGGAAGAUAAAAGAAGCAUAGCGACCAUCCUGUCUCAUGAAAUCGCUCAUCAGUGGUUUGGUAAUUUGGUUACUCCAAAGUGGUGGAACGAUUUGUGGUUAAAGGAAGGUUUUGCUACUUAUUUAGAGUAUCUUGGUGUCAAUCAUGUUGAACCAAGCUGGAAUAUCUUAGAUGAAUUUUUGCCUGGUGAAGUUGAACGGGCUAUGGCGCUCGAUUCAUUAACAUCAUCAAGACCCAUCAGUUUUGAGGUAUUUAACAGUGAUCAAAUUCGGCAGGCUUUUGAUGAGAUUUCUUAUGCUAAAGGAGCAUGUAUAAUCCGGAUGAUGAACCACUUCUUGGGAGAAGAAACUUUCAAGAAUGGUUUAAUAAAAUACUUAGAUGAGCAUAAAUAUGGCAACGCUGAUAGAAAUGAUCUUUUUACUAGUUUAACUGAAGAAGCUCGCUUGAGAGACACAUUUGAAAGUAACGAAACUGUGAAGCAAAUUAUGGAUACUUGGACUGAACAGGCUGGAUUUCCAGUUGUUAAUGUUGAUCCAGACUAUGAAAAAGGAACCCUAAAGCUUAUACAGAAAAGAUUCUUGCUAACUGACACAUCGACCAAAGAUACCUCAAAAUGGUGGAUUCCAGUAUCAUUUACCUCCAGCUCAGCUCCAGAUUUCAUAACGACCACUCCUAAAUUUUGGAUUAAGGGUGAAACCGAGGUGGUAAAAAAAGUUGGACCCAUUGGUGAUUGGUAUCUUUUAAAUAUUAACCAAACUGGGUAUUACAUUGUAAAUUAUGAUGAAAAAAAUUGGAAGAAUAUUAUCGAAAAUAUUAUGGAUUUCCCUCCUCUGAUUAGAGCCCAAUUGAUUAGUGACUCUAUGGACUUAGCACGGGCUAAUCAUUUGGAUUAUGAUAUUCCUUUAAGGCUUAUUGCAAGAAUGGCUGUUAAAGAUGUUAAUAUCAUGUUUGUUCCAACAGCAGUAGCCCUAAAUAAACUUAGAUUCCUAAGCGAUAUUUUAUAUGAUACUCCUGCUUUUGGUUUGUUUGAAGAAUACCACAAAGCUAUUUUUAAGCAAACCUACGAUGUAGUAGAUUUUAACGAUAAUGUUGAUGACUAUAUCACAAGACGAAUUAGGCAAACCGUAUUAGAGUGGUCCUGUAGAAGUCCUGAUUCCACUUGUAACCACGAGUCCAGAGCCUUAUUUAGAAAUUGGAUGAUUAAGGGAUCCCAGUCUAGUAUUUACAUCGUACGUUCAAAAAAGUACAUAAAGAUUUUACCCAACAUCAGGUCUAUAAUCUACUGUACAGCCAUCAGGGAAGGUUCAACGGUAGAAUGGGAUUUUGUCUACGAGAGGUUUUUGGAAACGACUUCUCCGACUGAGAAAAAUAUCCUUUUAGAUGCUUUGGGAUGUACUAAACUUAAGUGGUUAUUAUCGAGAUAUCUGGAUAAACUUAUUGAUGGUUAUAGUAUCAGGAUCCAGGACGCGGAUAGGGUAUUUGAGUCAGUCGCGAGAAACGAGGAGGGUUCGAUGAUUGCUUUCGAUUUUCUCAGGAAGCAUUGGAACGAGAUGCUGCAGCACUACGGAGACGGUUUUGGUAUACUGGGGAAGAUGGUGAAGUCCUUAGCUGUUCAUAUGAAUACAGAAUUUCAACUUAAGGAGCUGGAACGCUUUAAAGACAGUGUAGGAUCAAACAUCAGCACGACCACUCAGUCGUUCGAUGCUGCAAUAGAGCAAGUGCGAGGCAACGUAGAAUGGAUAAAGAAAAACUACAAUCAAGUCGAAGAGUGGCUAACGCGGCAUAAAGACCAAUUUGUAUAUAUUUAAAAGAUUAUAUCAUAUUAGAGCAUUCGUAUCAGAGGACCGAAAAGAUGGUUCGAAAACAAAUAUUUUUCUAGUUAUAAUUUAUUGAUCAAUAAUUGCUUUGAUGAUUUUGUAAAUAUUUAUCUCGUAUAGCAUUUAUACUUUUCUUGACAUAUCAGUUUUGCUCUGAUAAUGCUAUAGAGCAAAAAAACACCAUAGUGCCUUUUUAAACCAAUUUUGUAGCUUUUUUAGUCUCUACAUACAGAAUGAUCCAAAAAUGAAAAUGCGACUCGCAACAAAAAUAAUUUGAUAUAAUUGUGGAAUUAUUCAAAAUUAUGAUUCAUUUUGUAAGGCAUCAAACAGCUUGCAUAAUUUUGAAACAACCUGGCGAAGUUAGUGUAAGGAUGUGAUUGGUGAAUUUAGUGCCUUUUUAAUAUGCAAUGACCCAGUAAAUCAAAAAAUAAUUAAUAGAAUACUGGGUUGCGUUGUGCGCUUUUAAGAUUCUUCUAUAGCUCUAGUACACACUAUUUUUUUGUGAUAUUUCGACUUAUUUCUUAGUAAUAUUUUUAUUUUUCUAACAUACCUUUUUCUUUUAUAUUUUAUUAUUUUAAUAUUACAUGAGGUUUAAGUUAUUAUAAAUGAACUGAAUUUUUAUGUAAUUCUUUAAAUACCAUAAAAACUGCACUUUUAUUAAAAGUUAACUAAACUGCAUGUAGAAUUCCGAUGAACUUAUUGGGUCAAAAACAAUAUAAAUAAACUACAGACAUUUGUUUAAGUAGCUUUAUUUUAACCUGUAAGUCGAUAAAAAAAAUUGAAAUGUUUUAUGCCUUUAACACGGGCGAAUAAUGGAGCAAUAGCAACUGGGAAAUCCCGCAUUAGCAGCAAAAUAAAUUCGACUGUAUGAAAGUUGAGUAAAGUUAUGUAGCGGUUGGGUAUAAUCAAAUAUUACUUAUCAAUAAGCAUCACCAAUUAUCAUCAUUAAGUAAUUUUUUGGGUAUGAAGAACAAUACAAUUUGGUGAUUUUAGUACAAAACAUUACAAAUAAUGGGUUAUGGAACAAGCAAACGUAAAAUAGCCAAUCGCGUUACCAUGACUAUUAUAUGUGGAUUAUCCAAAAAUUUCAGAAACCUAAGAUAUAAACUUCAGACAUACUAUUAAUGUUAUAACUUUGUAUUUGUGAAUUUGUAUUAAUUUCAUUUUAUUAUAUGUUAUUAUAUAUU